AUGAUUUACACCGACCAUGAAUCCUCAAAACAUCUGAAAGGUCAAGGUAAGCUAACCAAGAGGCAUGCAAGGUGGAUAGAGUUCAUAAAGAUAUUUCCAUAUGUUAUUAGGUAUAAACAAGGUAAAGAAAAUGUGAUAGUUGGUGCAUUAUCAAAUAGGAAUCAUGUGAUAAUUAAAGGUACUAUGGAUAAAUGUUUAGGCGUGAUGGUAUUUAUUUCAAGAAGACAAGUUGUGUGUUCCUUAAUGUUCAAUGAGAAAUUGUUACUAAGAGAAGCACAUAAUGGAGGUUUAAUGGGACAUUUUGAGAUGAAAAUUGGUGUUGAUCGGGGUUGUAGUAAAUGCAUCACUUACAAAAUGGCUAAGUCUAAG